AUGCCCUCCACGUCGCUGGCCCUGACGCCUGGUUUGGCGUCGUUUCUUAAGUCGCUAAAGACGAACCAGAUCGAUACUUCCAUUGACAAUUUGAUCUCACUGCUCAAGCGAAGACAAAUUCGUCAUUCGAGAUCAUGCGCAACUGCUACGGCUUACCUCCUCCUUCGUGUUAUUUCGGCUUGUCGGACUACGGAUGCGGUCAAGUUGAUCGAGAGGGUACAGAGUGUGGGAAGGCGUCUCGUGGCCGCGCAACCGCGAGAGAUGGUGGUGGGCAAUAUCGUUCGACGAGUCUUGGGUCUGAUUCGCGACGAGGCAGAAGAUGACAGAGAGGCGGAUUUCAACCUAAGUGAAGCUGGCUCGGAGAGUCAACCGCAGACCCCUCGUGUGCCUGAUGAUGCUUCAGAUGUUCCAUCUACUCGUCUCGAUGGAUCGACUGCCAGAACUUCAUUGACAUCCAUGUUCAGCCUUCUUUCUCACCCAGAGCCCGAACCCUCGCUCCCUGGUACCCCCUCGUCAGCCUCCCCCUCCGGCAGAGUGCCUGGCCCUAGCAAGGACAUCCGCGCAGAAGUUAUGGAAGGAAUCAAUGAGAUUAUCGAUGAGCUGGGGCAAGUCGACGAUCAAAUCUCGGCCUAUGCGCUCGACCACAUCCAUUCCAACGAAAUCAUCCUCACUCAUACUUCUUCGACUACUGUUCAGAAAUUCCUUCUCAAGGCCGCGGCCAAGCGGCGCUUCACUGUUAUAAUUGCCGAGUCGUUCCCAAAUAAUCAUGAGGCUACGCAUUCGACUGUCAGUGGGGCCAGUGCCAAUGAUGAGGAGACCCUAAGCACCGAAUCAUUCCAGAAACCACUCAUCGCCAUGGGCAUCACUGUUAUUCUGAUUCCCGACUCGGCCGUCUUUGCCCUCAUGUCUCGCGUCAACAAGGUUAUCCUGGGUACGCACUCUGUCCUGGCUAACGGUGGACUUGUCGCGGCAGCAGGCACUCGAGUCAUUGCCCGUGCAGCAAAGGUGCACCAAACCCCAGUCGUGGUGGUCAGUGGCGUGUACAAGCUCAGCCCGGUGUACCCGUUUGACUUCGAGUCAUUGAUCGAGUAUGGAGACGCCAGCAAGGUGAUUGGAUACGAGGACGGUGAUCUGGUUGACCAGAUUGAUGUCCAGAAUCCGCUGUAUGACUAUGUUCCUGCUGAGUUGGUCGAUCUUUACAUUACCAAUUUGGGCGGCCAUGCGCCAUCUUAUCUCUACCGUAUCGUGUCCGAUCACUAUCGCAAGGAAGACAUUCACUUCUAA